AUACGGUCAUAUACAGCCGUACUAUCCAAUUAAUGCAUGUGAAACUGUAAAGGAGCAAACUCGUGAUCGAAUUGAAUGGAAAGAGUCCUUGAACUAUAAUUUGUGCUGUUUUUCUUCCAACAGAAAACUGUUUUUCUUGGAGCAAAGUUAAGAAGAUGGCAGUCGAUUCUGUAGUUCCUCAUUUGUCAAGGUUUCUCCAUGAUGAUCCAUGGGUUCAGCCUUUUGUCGGAGAGAUUGAAAGAAGAUACAAAUGUUUUCAGUCAAUCAAGGGAGAUAUUGAAAAGCAUGAAGGAAGUUUAGAUGCUUUUUCUAGAGGAUAUGAAAAGUUUGGCAUAACUAGAACAGCAGAAGGUCAGAUGUACAGGGAAUGGGCCCCUGGUGCGCACGGAGUGUUCCUUAUUGGAGACUUCAAUGACUGGAAUAGGAUCUCUCAUCCAUGUACAAAGAAUGAGUUUGGAAUCUGGGAAUUGAACCUGCCUAACAAGUCUGACGGCACACCCGUCAUUGCACAUGGAAGUAAAGUCAAGGUUGGAAUCCAGCUAGCAUCUGGUGAAAUUGUAGACCGUAUAUCUCCCUGGAUUAAAUACGCCGUUGCCCCAGAAGACAACAUUCUGUAUGAAGGCGUCCACUGGGACCCGCCUGAACCAUACUGCUUCAAACAUCCACGCCCAAAACCCCUCAAAAGCUUGAGGAUAUAUGAAGCGCAUGUUGGUAUCUCAUCCAACAAGCCCCAGGUUGCUAGCUACAAGCACUUUACAAAACAUGUUAUUCCGAGGAUUAAGUAUCUUGGGUAUAACAGCAUUCAACUGAUGGCCAUCAUGGAACAUGCAUACUAUGCUUGCUUCGGCUACCAAGUAACAAACUUCUUUGCAGUAUCAAGUCGGUAUGGGACUCCAGACGAAUUGAAGGAAUUAAUUGACACAGCGCAUGGCGAAGGGAUUGUAGUUCUUCUAGACAUAGUGCACAGUCAUAGUGCUAAGAAUGUCAUGGAUGGUAUCAAUGAGUUUGAUGGAACCCAGAGCUGUUAUUUUCAUGAUGGUCAUCGUGGUGUUCACACUCUCUGGGAUAGCAGGUUGUUUGACUACACUAAAUGGGAAGUACUGCGCUUUCUUCUGUCCAAUCUUCGUUGGUUCAUCGAAGCAUACAAGUUUGAUGGUUUUCGAUUUGACGGUGUUACAUCAAUGAUAUACCACGACCAUGGCUUAGGGCACGGGUUCAGUGGUGGUUACCCAGAUUUCUUUGGCUUGGGGGUCGAUACGGAGUCCCUUAUUUACCUCAUGUUGGCCAAUGAUAUGCUUCAUACUGUCUUCCCUGAAGUUAUUACCAUCGCAGAGGAAGUGUCUGGUAUGCCAGGGUUAUGUCGACCAAUCAAUGAAGGAGGUGGAGGAUUUGACUACAGACUAGGAAUGGCUAUACCUGACAUGUGGAUCAAGGUUCUCAAGAGCACUAAAGACGAAGACUGGAAAAUGCAAGAUAUAGUCUGGCAGCUGAUCAACAGGAGACACAAUGAGAAGACUAUCGCAUAUGCAGAAAGUCAUGAUCAAGCUCUGGUAGGAGACAAAACUAUCUCAUUCUGGUUGAUGGAUAAAGAGAUGUACACUCACAUGUCAGUCACGUCUCCCUUGACACAUAUCAUCGACAGGGGUAUAGCUCUGCACAAAAUGAUAAGGUUCGUAUUUGGAAGUACAGUUAAAAAAGAGAGAUAGAAAAGAGAGAGAAAAAGAAAGAAAGGAAAGGACAAACAA